UACAUGCAUCAUGAAUGAAUCUGCCUCUAGUGGGAAUGGGCAAGAGUUUGAUGUAUUUAGUGCUAUGGACUGGAAAGAUGGGAUAGGUACUUUGCCUGGAAGUGAUCUAAAGUUUAGAGUGAAUGAAUUUGGAGCUCUGGAAGUGAUUACAGAUGAAACUGAGAUGGAAAGUGUUAAGAAGGCAACUGCUACCACAACUUGGAUGGUGCCAACUGCUCAAGAAGCCUUUUCAGAAAAGACAGGGAUCCCCACAAAGUUGAAGGAAGCUGCAAAAGUGGAUGGACUUGUUUUCUGUGAAAACUGUUACCGCUAUGGUACCAUAGAAGAAUUUGUUCCUGAAGGGAAAUUUUGCAGCCAGAAAUGUGCCCAGCAAAUAAAAAACAAUAGAGAACCAAAGGAGGAAAAGCCCAAUAUGGAAUGCAAUGGUGAAGACGAUUCUAAAGGCAUUAGGAAGAGAAAAACAAAGUUACUUUUCAAAGAAGAGUCCAAGGAUAAUGGAGAGAAGAAAGAGAAGUCUGAUGAAACUGAGGACAGACAUGAAGGAAGGAUCUUAAGAGUCUCACAGCGAGCCAGAAGAAAAAGAAAAGGGGAAAUAACAGUUUUGAAACAAACUGUACCCUCUAAAGGAAAGCAAGCAUGGUGUUGGGCAUCCUAUCUGGAGGAAGAAAAAGCUGUUGCAGUACCAACUAAGCUUUUUAAAGAGUACCAGUCUUUUCCAUACAACAAAAAUGGAUUCAAAGUAGGAAUGAAACUGGAAGGUGUGGAUCCAGAGCACCAGUCAAUAUACUGUAUUCUGACGGUGGCUGAGGUUUGCGGCUACAGAAUACGACUCCAUUUUGAUGGAUACCCAGAUUGUUACGAUUUCUGGGUGAAUGCUGAUUCUUCAGAUAUUCAUCCUGUUGGAUGGUGCGAGAAAACAGGUCACAAACUUCAUCCACCUAAAGGAUACAAGGAAGAGGAAUUUAGUUGGCCUGCGUAUCUAAAGGCAUGCAAGGCUCAAGCUGCUCCUAAAUCUCUGUUUGAAAACCAGAAUGUGACAGUGAUUCCAUCGGGAUUUCGAGUGGGAAUGAAGCUUGAAGCUGUAGACAAAAAGAACCCUACUUUCAUUUGUGUUGCUACGGUAACAGACAUGGUGGACAAUCGUUUUCUGGUUCAUUUUGACAACUGGGAUGAGAGUUAUGACUAUUGGUGUGAGGCAGCUAGCCCACAUAUUCAUCCUGUUGGAUGGUGUAAAGAGCAUAAAAGAACUCUCAUCACCCCACCAGAUUACCCACAUGCUAAACAUUUUUCUUGGGAGAAAUAUUUGGAAGAAACCAGUUCCUUACCUGCACCCGCAAGAGCUUUUAAAGUGAAGCCUUCUCAUGGCUUUCAGAAAAGUAUGAAGCUUGAAGUGGUUGACAAGAGAAAUCCAGUAUUUAUCAGAGUAGCAACUAUUGUAGAUACAGAUGACCAUAGAAUAAAAGUCCAUUUUGAUGGCUGGGAUAGUAUUUAUGAUUAUUGGACUGAUGUAGAUAGUCCUGAUAUCCAUCCUGCAGGCUGGUGUGCAAAAACUGGACACCCUCUUCAGCCUCCACUUAGUCCCUUGGAGUUAGUGGAAGCUCUAGAGCAUGGAGGGUGUCCCACAGCAGGAUGUAAAGGAGUUGGGCACAUUAAAAGAGCAAGACAUAUUGGUCAUCAUAGUGCAGUCAGCUGUCCGUAUUCUGAGAUCAACUUGAACAAAGAAAGCCUCUUACCUGAUCGGUUGAGUGGGGAGAUGCCUGCAAUGAAUCCUGGCCCAAGAAGCAGGAAAGUGGAAGAUAGCGAAAGAUCCACCUCUCCUGUUACCAGCAAUAGAAAAUGCCCUAGUCCUGAUCAUAUAGGCGUGAAAUCUCCAACUCAUAAUCGAUCAUCUGGGAAGUCUGUGUCAGAAAUGAUUAAGCAGGAAGAUCCAGAAAGUAAAUCUCCUUGCAGGAAGCCCCUAUUAUGUGAUGUGAAAGAAAAGAAGCCAUCUGGUGGAGUGCAACAAACAAAGGACUCCAUAAAGAACAAAGAGUGUGAAGAAGAGGAGAUGGAAAAUAAGCUACUCAUUUCAAAUGAAAUGAAAGAUGUUGAAGAACCCAGUACCCAGGGGCUUGUUCCUCAACCAGUUGUUGCGUCUUCUAAGUUGCAAAUCCCUGGCCUACCCUUGCGCUGGGAACAACAGAGCAAGCUCCUUCCAAGUGUUGCUGGGAUCCCAGCCAGUAAAGUUUCUAAAUGGAGUACAGAUGAGGUGUCUGAAUUCAUACGGAGUUUACCAGGAUGUGAAGAGCAUGGCAAGGUGUUUAAAGAUGAGCAAAUUGAUGGAGAAGCAUUUCUGCUAAUGACCCAAUCAGAUAUAGUCAAAAUAAUGAGCAUUAAACUGGGACCAGCCCUGAAAAUCUUUAAUUCCAUUCUGAUGUUCAAAGCUGCAGAGAAAAACUCACACAAUGAACUUUGAAGAUAAUGGAAAAUAUGUACAAGCCAGCUUUCUCCACUGGAGCUCAUGUUUUAUUCAAAGCACAAAGACUCACAAGAAAUGUUGAAUAAUGACUCAGAAAAGAAGAAAAGUAGGUUCAGCACUGGUGGACUAUUUAUGUUCUCCUGGAGUGAGGACACAUCUGAAUCCUGGGAAGUGCUCAAGCUUUUAAGGAGUUACUGUAUAACAACCAAGUCAGCUAGUCUUAUUUACCAAACUAAUGGCGCUAAUUUUCCAUGGAUGGUUAGGAUCCCUGACUUUCUCUGGACAUCAAGAAAACCUUCAUGAAUUAUUUAUGCUGUAUUAUAUGAGGGAAUGUUAAUAUUUUCUAAGAAUUCUUGAAUUCUACUUCAUGUACCCAUUUUUCUUUUCAGUAGCUUUUACUUCGUACUAUCAAAAUAAAAACUAGUUAGCCAAAAAUGAGGCUACAGCUAGCCAGAUGAGACUGUUAUGGCUAAUAUGAAUUUGUGCCAUAAUUUAAAAAUGAAACACUUACUUAAUGUUACAUACGUGACACUUUAUGCUACAGCAUAUAACUUUACAGAUUAUAAAACUGUCUGUCUGCUUGUAAUAAAACAAAAAAGAAAACCUUGUUGGGGGUUGAAAUUACAAUGCAUUUUUGAUAACUGAAUGUUUUUACUUUUGCACGAUUACAAAAAUGUUAUGUGAGUUUUUCCACCAGCAUCUUUAAUGUAUUCUACCAAAAGAUCAGUAUAGAGAAGGCUGCAACUGAAAAAUAAAGUUUGACUUCAUAGAAGACUUUCUGUUCAUGCUGCACAACAGAGUCCCAGCCUUUUAACAUGAGAGCCUGCUACAGCCCUUCAGUACGUGAAGGAAAAUGCAUAUAUUUUGAGGUAAGAAUAUUAACAAGAGUUACUGCAACAGUAGAGAAAACUGUGUGCUAAAACUUGGACAGUUGUUCUGUCUUUGUGCUCAACAUAUGCUUGUUUUCUCAAAGGUGGGAGAAUUAACUCUCUACUUCCUAGUUUGAAAAUCUGUGAUAAAUAAAUAAAUAAGGCAUAGUAUAGGGAAAGACAAAGUAAGGAGGAAAGGGAUACUUAAAUGCAUAUAGUGCCUAAGCACAUCCUAGGUAAAAGGCAUGAACCUCACCAGUUCAUCAAUCAACGCUGCAGGUUCCACCAGCAGGUACUUAGGUGAGGCACCCUUCUUUCGUUUAACUGUUUGUCAGGAAUAGUUGUUGCACUUGGUAUAUAUACAUAAGAUGUAAACCGGAUGCACUUUAAAUUGGAGAAAGCCUAGCUACCUGUAUGCUGAGGAUUGUUCCAGAAUUUCACUUCCACAAGAGGGAGAAGUGUUGGAUCAGGUUUUCUGGAAACCCUCUCCUUAGUGCUGAGGUGGGCAAGUGCUUGGCCUUAAGAGCUACGAACAAACAGAGCAUUUCUGUUGCACAGAGCUCAGAGAAUUUUAAAUCUUCCCAUAGUUUUGCUGGCUUCUUCGGCUGGAGUUCUUUAAGAUUUCUAGAACUCUGUGUGCCCUUUCCAGAUCACUUAGGUGACUGGUACUUGCCAUAAUAUGAGGUAAAACAGGGUGAGUAUGAAGUGAGUUGCAUUGCUCUGUUAAUUUCCUUCCAUAGCGUUGCAUAAAUAUUUUUACAUUUUGUUUAAAAUUUGUACAUUCA